AUGAGUGAAGCAGUAAGCGGUGGUCAUCGAGAAAGUGAUUGGCCGAAUCAUCUUCCACCUCUUCCGAGGAACCGAUUCCAGAGAAGUGGUCAUCACGAGCCCUUCGAGAUGAAGGACACGAAAGAGUGCGUGAUUUACAGGAUAGACAUGCCUGGAUGUCCCACUUCAGAGCUUGUGUACUGGGUCCACGGCAACGAACUCCAUGUCUUCGCCGAAGAACCAGCCAUGCCCGAGUACAACCACGGCGGACGCAAAUACGGAGGCUCCAUGGCUUUCGAGACAGAGUUUUACGAUGUGAAGAAAGCAAUCGUUAAUCUUGUCAAUGGUGUGCUCUGGAUCAUCGUCCCUAAGGUCCAGCUCCCAGGAAAAAUCAUCAAAGCUAAUGCAAGCUACUUCAUCGACGAUAAAGGGCUCAUUGGGAUGGUUUGCAUCUACAUUGUGAGGGCAGAUACGUUCAAGAAGAUACCGAUUGAUGCUUUGCUUGAUCCGUGGCCUUGUCACCUCGCGUAUGUUCCCAGUUUGGUCUCAAACCAACAGAAGUUUCUCCUUGGAUGA